AUAUAUAUAUAUAUGCACACUGACAUAAGCUUAACGUGUUUUAUGUUGAUAAUGUUCUCUCUUUUUACAUUCAGUCUAAAAAGUAUGUUCGACAGUCCUCAAUUCAAGGAGAACCUAUCAUCCUUCCAGAAACUUCUUGCAGAAGGAGUUAUUGAUAACUCAUUGUCUGGCGUGAAAGCAGAAGAUUGUAUAACUUUGAAGAAACUUGCUUUAUGCAAUUUGACAAAAUCGAAGUGGGUGGAACAAUAUAAUUUACUUAAGGAUGUAAAAGGAAAAAAUUUUAUCUAUGGUUCUGAAGCGGCAGGAGGACUCAGUGCAGUUGUAACUGGUCAUUCAGUUAACCUAAAAAGAUCAAGAGAUGGACAGCAUCAAAAGUUUUCAGGAUCAAAAACUAUGAUGAAGAACCCCCGAAGGGUGAUAAUCAAGUCAAGCAACGAACAGAAGGAACCAAUAAAUAGUGAUGGUUGUUGCUUCAGUCCAAGAAACUGAUUUUCCUCGCCAAAUGAUAACGG